UUUUGGUUUCCAUUGCACAGCACAAACGUAACGAAGUGUUAUAUCCGUGUCCGAAGAUUUCAAGCAGAAACAAUGAAAAAUUCAAUAAAAUAAUUGCAAAUCCCUAAAGAAAUCCAAGGGGAUCUGGCAUCAUUGCCACCACCGUUUCUUUUUUGUGUAUUUGUGCAAGCAAAUCAGUUGGUAAAGUGGCGCUGAGUGUCUGCUGCAUAAAACAAGAACAAGAAUAACAACAAGAAGAAGCAAAGCAGUCGCAGUAGCAGCAGCAGCCGCAGUAGUUCCGAGUUACUUUUUUAUCGGCUUCUUCUCGUACUCUGGCUCUGAAGUAUUUCUCUAGUUUUUCGUUCGCUCGUUGGUGUACUAAUAAAAUAUCGAUUGAUUCUGUGUGGAUUGUGGUGUGGAAAAACAAAAUUUGAGACUUUUUGCAAACGCCUUGCAAGGACUGAUAUAAUAUAAAGGGCGUUUAUGGCAGAAAACACCUUGCGUCAUCGAAAAUACAAUUAAAAGUUGCAGAAAAUCAAUUCUCACACACAAAAAUUACACGAGCAAAAAAAUAUACAAUGUCAAUGUAAUAGAGAAGAAAAAUAAAAAUAUCUGUCGUUGUUGUUGUCGUCGUCGCCGCAGUCGUUGUUGUCCCCACUAAUCUGCUGAGGCAAUAUAGCGUUGAAAGGAGGUGAAGCAGAUACCAACCAACUUACCAAAAAACAAACACCAACAAAAUGAGUUCCCAUCCUUCCCGUCGCGACUUCUAUACGGUUGAAGUGGGUGACACCAAUUUUACAAUACUCACCCGUUACCAGAAUCUACGGCCCAUUGGUUCCGGAGCGCAGGGAAUUGUUUGUGCUGCCUAUGACACUGUGACCGAACAGAAUGUUGCCAUAAAAAAGUUGUCUCGUCCAUUCCAAAAUGUAACACAUACCAAAAGAGCUUAUCGCGAGUUUAAGCUCAUGAAAUUAGUAAAUCAUAAGAAUAUCAUUGGAUUACUUAAUGCAUUUACGCCCCAGCGCAGCUUGGAAGAGUUCCAAGAUGUCUAUCUGGUCAUGGAGCUGAUGGAUGCGAAUCUGUGUCAGGUCAUUCAAAUGGAUUUGGAUCAUGACCGUAUGUCCUAUCUGCUGUAUCAAAUGCUGUGCGGCAUCAAGCAUUUGCAUUCGGCCGGUAUCAUACACAGGGAUCUGAAGCCGUCAAACAUUGUCGUCAAGGCAGAUUGUACAUUGAAGAUAUUGGAUUUUGGUUUGGCAAGAACAGCGGGCACAACAUUCAUGAUGACCCCAUAUGUUGUGACGCGCUACUAUCGUGCACCCGAAGUCAUUUUGGGCAUGGGCUACAAAGAGAAUGUCGAUAUAUGGUCUGUUGGCUGCAUCAUGGGCGAGAUGAUACGUGGUGGUGUCUUGUUCCCCGGUACCGAUCACAUUGAUCAGUGGAAUAAGAUCAUUGAGCAGCUGGGUACACCAUCGACCAGUUUUAUGCAGCGUUUGCAACCAACUGUGCGCAACUAUGUCGAGAACAGGCCACGAUAUUCAGGAUAUUCAUUUGACCGUCUAUUUCCGGAUGUAUUGUUUCCUAGCGACAACAAUGAACAGAGUCGACGAAAGGCAGCUGAGGCCCGUGAUUUGCUAAGCAAGAUGUUGGUAAUUGAUCCGGAGCAACGUAUAUCGGUGGAGAAGGCUUUGCUACACAGCUACAUUCAUGUUUGGUAUGACAAUGAGGAGGUGAAUGCCCCAGCACCCGAACCCUAUGAUCACAGCGUCGAUGAGAGGGAACACAAUGUUGAGCAAUGGAAGGAACUGAUCUAUGAAGAAGUCAUGGACUACGAGGCCCAUACAAGUAAUAAUACCAAUGCUGGUUCCAAUAAUACCCGGUAGAAAUAUUAAUUAUAAUAAACAAAAUAAGAAUAAAAAACAAAA